AUGGAGCCAGAAGCGAGACCCAACCGUGACACUGAAUGUGCUUCUCUUGAAGGUUCUAAAAAGACAGAUGAAGAGGAAAGGAGAGAACAACAGACAACUGAUUCCUCUACCGAAUCUAAAGGGACUAAACCAAAGACAGUACCCCGUAAUAGCACGACGAACCCAACAACUCCAGAUCGAAAUUCAGGAUACAAAGACCCGAAAGACAAAGGGGGAGCUAGGGAAAGGAAGGCUAAAGAAAAGCCAGAAGAAGAAAAGGAGGCUGAAGAACAGAAAGUCAGUAAGGAGGGCGCUGCAACUACCGACGAUGGAACCAAAGAAGAUGGAACCACGAAGCAGAAGACUAAUGGAGGGCGAGUUGGAGGAAAGGGUACUAAACUCCCUGCUGAGGAUGCAGAGGAACCCUUUGAGCCUGUCAGCAAAGAACGUCCUGUAUCCAUCUCAGUUUGUACAUCAGCAUAUGACUUCAACGUAAAAGGCCUUGUGUCUUUCUUGAAAGAUCUUAUGUAUAGUCAUCCGAAACUGAUCAAAGAAGUCAAGGUCCAUGCGCUACCGUACAACGAUCUCGAUCAUUAUAAAUUUCCAAAGGAAAACCCGGUUGAUGUGAUGCUUCUGUGCCACUCCAUCAACAACAGAAGGUUUGCCAUUACAGAUGUCAUGGAUGCCCUGUACGAUGAGUAUCUUCCAUACUGUGCGAGAGUCGUAGGAAAGAACAAGAUGGGGGUGAUAGUCCAUGACUUUGAAGAUAUGAGAGAAACAGUUCAAUCAUCUCGCAUGAGUUCAUUCAAGUACAAGCAACCAAAGGCCUUCGAGACUACCAGCCUUCAGAUAAUAUGCGGACAUAUCGAGAAGGAAGAGAAGGACCUAAAUCAGAUGCUAAAAGUAGACCGAGAAAAGCUCCCGGUGUUCCUUAAGAAUGCGUCAACAUGUCCAGAAGAAAUGAUGAAUCAAAUCACAGAGAAACAAGGAUUAAAACAAAAAGCAAAGGACGGGAUUGUUACAUUUGGAAACCAAGUGUCUUCCUCUAUUAGGUCCUUCGGGGAAUCAAUGACGUCGUUAAGAUGGAGUCAAGAUAGCACAUCCGAAGGAUCUAGGGUGGAUCCAAGAGAAGUUGAUCGAAACGAUCAGGGUACGACUUGCAGUGCUAAAACUGAGGAUAACAAGACAAAACGGUCGACGAAUAAAAGGAAGCCUUCAUCUGAACAGGCUAAGCGACCAUGUCUAGCGAAGAAAAACACAUCCGGUGGUUCUCACCAGAAACCUAAAGCUAGCAUGGAUGAAAGGAACCUAAAUCCACCGAGUACGAGUGAAGCAUCUUUCAUUGGGGAGCGAAGGCUAGGCACAACUAUCGCAGCGGCAGCGGCACACACCCAAGGUGCACCUGACCAGCAGUCAAUGGCUGCUGGAAGAAAUGUCACAUCUGCACCUCAAGGGUCACACGCAACUUCAUCGCCUCGUCGUAUCUCAAUCUCAGUCUGUUCUUCCGCCUACGAGCACAACGUCAAAGGGUUCGUGUCCAAGCUUACCGAGUUGCAAACCAGACCGCCUCAUUUGAUCGCCGACGUCCGUUUUCGUAGCCUACCGUACAACGACAUUGAUUCAUUCAAGUUUCCGUCAAGCGACCCCGUUGAUGUGAUGGUCCUCUGCCAUUCAGUCCAAAAUCGAGGGUUUUCAAUCACCAAUGUACUGAAUGCUCUCUACGAAAAACAUCUGCAAUAUUGCCACGAUGUGAUUGGAAAGAAGAAGCUGGCCGUGAUUGUCCAUGAUUUUAGCGACUGCAAACCUAAGACUCUUGAAGUCAGGAUGGAAUCGUUCAAGAGGUCACAACCUUUGACAUUUGAGCUCGUUGACACCGUGAUCGUAUGCGGUAGCCUGGAGAAACCAGGCAAAAUAGAAAUGAGAGAUGAAGAUAUGACACGACUUACGACCUUCUUCGAACAAGCGAGAUAUGAACAGAGAGAGAACUAUGCCGUCAAGCAAUCAUUUUAUAAGAAAAGCUUCCUAGGAGGAUUAUGGUAA